ACAUUCCGUUAGCCAUAUUUCCAUAUGAACCCUAACCCUAAACGCUAAAACCCAGCUGCCAUGGCGACGGGGGAGAAGAAAAAGAAGAAGAUCGAUGUAGAAAUGGUCGAUCCAUCGCCAGAGCCGCCGCAGCAGAGGCGGAAGAAGAAGAAAUCCAGGGCGCCGGAGGUAAAUGUUGAUAAUCCGUCUCCGGAUGAUCCAUCGUCGGGCAAUCCGGGCGAGGAGCGGCUGGAUUUGCCGAAAACUAAGAGGAGGAAGCUCGGCGCUGAGGCGAUUGAGCUGACAGGGCUGGAAGUCUAUUGGAAGCUCCCUUCUUUGGAUCCGGCGGAGAGACAGGCAGCGGCAUUGGCACUGGUGAGAGAGCUCCAAGCCGCUCAGCAGACGUUUGAGGCGGUCGAUGGAAGAGUUGAGAGUGGUGCCGAGAGGAUUCUUCUCGGAGAGGAGCACAGUGGUGGUGCGCUCAAGUCGUGUGCUCCGGAGCUCCAGUAUGCGCUUCCAAGGCUUGUUCGAGGAGUCGGAUCUUCUAACCAGUGUGCUAGGCAAGGAUUUGCCGCGGCGCUCUCUACUGCCAUUCAUGCAUUGCCUUCUAUAACCGGUGAUAUGGUUCUCAAUCUUAUUGACAAGGAAAUAGAAGUAUCUUCCGUGAUGAAGGGACAGGAUAUCAAGGAUGGGCUGUUGGGGAGGCUUUUUGCUUAUGCUUCGAUUGUUCGAGCUGAUCGAUUGAUUCAAAACGGCAUGACGGAGGAGCAACAAAAGCUUGCCAAGCACGUCGCAGAAAACCUCCUGACUCUUGGAUUUAAGAAAACGUUUCUUCGAGAACCAGCUGCUUCCAUCUUUUUGGACCUGUCCGAGAGACUUGCCUCGUCUUCUCUACAAAAAUCAGUUUUUACACUACCGAAUUUUCUAGAGUGGUUGAAUGCUAGUCCCGAAGUUGGAGGGGCCGAUGCGCUACUUGUUGCCUUGAAGCUGUGGCGAAAAUUACCAGACUCUCUUUCUUCAAAAUGCCGUAUGUUACCCAAGUCCGGAUCUCUGGAGCACUUGGUCCAGGCCUCACAUCUGGACGUUCUCAUCCCGUACUUAAAGGAGUCUUCUUCGAGCCAUCCUCGACUACAUCUAGUCUGGAAUGCUCUGGCGGACAUAUUUUUGGAUCAAGGGCUUGUUCGAACCCGCCAAAAGAAGAGUAAGCAGAAGAACAACUUGGCUUCCAAGGAACACAGUUUGAUAACCUUUUGGACUAGAGUGGUGGAUGAGAGCCUCUUGGAUUCAUCUCACGAACGGAAGUUUUUAGCAAUGCGGCUAGUGCUACUCUUCCUUUCGAAGCUGCCGAUAUCCUGCACUCCCAUCAUCUUAUCUGCUUCGUUCGGACGCUGUCUACUCGACAUUCUAUCAGGACAGGACAACGUUCUCCAUAGUGCCGCUCAGCAGUUCGUGUCCGAUUUAUCCGCAUGGGCUGAAGAAGACCAAGACAGGUUGGUUCUGACGAUUGGCUUCUUACAGCAGAGCAGCUCCGGAAAGUUUGAUCAUCUGACAAAGAGCUCUACGGUGAAACAACUAUUGGGAAAAGUUAUCAGCGAAGAGAGCUGCCUUCUCGCUAUUCAGAACUUCCAACGCCUUUUUGUCAGUGACGCUAUCAAUGCCACAGACGAGUCAGAUGAUGCACAGAGAAUGGUGGCUAGCAAGAAAAUCUGGAUGGUUGAACUGAUGUGCAGCUUUUCCAAGCAAGCCAUAUCGGUAUCAAAGUCGAUGUCCGCGGCAAAGGAGGUUACGAGGUUUCUUGCCGCUCAUAUAUUUCUGAACAGUGACGCGGUGAACACUGAUAAAGUCAAGGCUCUUAUAAAGUGUGCUUCUGGGGACGUAUCCAAUGCUGAGAAGGAUGAGUAUAUUGGAAAGCUCCGAUCCUUACUUUCGGAGAAGAGUCCUCGCUCGAAGGACGACGACGUUCACGAAGACUUGAGCUACGAUAUUGUUGAGUUCUUUCGGAAUGCCUGGAAGAAACCAGACAAGGGAACCGUACAACGCAGUCUAAGAGAUGCUAUUUUUCAGAUUUCAUCUGCGAUCAAGAAGGAAGAAAGUCGCAAUAAGAAGUUGGAAGCCAUGCGGAGCUUCUUGUCGCAGCUAUUUAUUCAGUCGCACCUCGAACCUGGUUCUAUGGAUGAUAUCGUUAACGAGCUACUUAUUUGCUGUAACAAGGCAUUCGGGAAGGUUGUCGACGUUUCUAGCGAUGAGAUGGAGGACGAGGAAGAGGCACCAUCAAUGGGGGAUGUGCUUCUUGAUAUAAUUCUUUCAGUACUCUCGCAGUCUCCGGCGCCAAUCCGUGCUGCCGCUGAGCAGAUGUUCGGAUUGUUUUGUGGCGAAAUCACCUCUUCUGGCUUAAGUAGCUUGCUCAAGGUGAUCAGCAAGCAAACUGGCCAUACUCGACAGGAGCCACUGUUUGAUAUUCAAGUUGAUGACGACGAAGACGUUCUCAGUGUAGAAGAAGUUACGGACAACGAAGCCAGUGAAGUCAGUGAUCCGGAAGAAGAUCCAGAAACAGGUGGUACAGAUGGUAAACAGCAGACCGAUGGUGCUAUGGACGAUGCAGAGCUUUCGGACAUGGAUGACGACGCCAUGUUUAGGAUGGAUGUCCACCUCGCGCAGAUUCUCAAAGCCAAGAGAAGUGGCGAGCCGGACACACAGGCACAGCUAGUGCAAUUCAAGUUUCGUGUCCUCGGCCUUUUGGACACGUUUCUGCAAAAGCAGUCCGAGAGUGUUGCGGUUUUGACGGUUUUGCCAACACUCUUUCAGAGUUACCUCGACGCUUUAUCAGACGGGCACAAGCAGUUAAGCGACAGGAUAGGUGGCGUUCUAAACAGACUUCUCAAAGCCAAGAAUUAUCCCAAGGGGUCUGAGGUGGAUAUGGGUGCUGUCAAGGACUUGCUUCAGAAGUUGGUGAUUCUGGCCGCAAAAACCACAGACCAAAAGCUCCGUGGCUUGUCUCAAGGUUUUGUCUUCUGGCUUCUCAAAGUUUCUCAAGCAACUUGCGGUGCGGCUGACGAGGAAGUUGUCAAAACUAUGCUCGCUGCGCUGGACGACAUCUUUCAGAAGAAGAAGAACACGCUACCGCUGUCAUUCCUCCGCGACGCUGCUAUGAGAUAUCCUUGGCUCCGGGGCGUCUCCAUUGGAAAGCUACUCAACAAGUGCAAAGAUGGCCGGACAGACUACGAGAAGGCCGAGGCCAUGGAGCUCUCGACCUCGGUUCUCAAGCACUACACCAAGUCGGGCUCUAAGCCGUCCGGAUCAAACGAGACUUCGUCAAUGGCGGGAGAUAUCGAGCCUCAUCUCCCGCUGCUUAGCGAGCUACUUAUCCUCUACCUCGCCAAGCCACUGAAGAAGGCAAAACAGGCCUCGUUCUUGCGCUUCUGCGUCGCUUGGCUCGAGGCCCUGCCCGUGCUCUUCCCGGGCCGGCCACUGUCCAAGCUCGUGGACACCGCGGCGCUAUCGUCGGCCUUGAAUGACUACGUUUUCUCCGGCAAUGCUAAGGCCACCAAGACGAAGCUGGAAAGCUUACUAUCACAAGAUCGGCGAAAAUAAGCUUGAGGAUGGUGAAUGGAUCCGUGCUGCUGGCUAGCAACUCAAGGGAGCUGCCUAAAUUUUGUGAGAAGGUUGGCACUGGCAAGUUUUGACACUUUCCAACUAGAACGAAAAGUAAACUUAUACCAGAAAAGAGCUCGAAUCUUUUCCAAGUUGACGCUAAUCUCGUGAAGCGUUUCUUUAUGUGGAUCUAUCAUGCUAUUUGUCUCGUAGCCACAGUACAUGCCAAAGAAAUAUCGUUCGCGUCUGAGAAAGGUGGCAAAUGAAAGGCAUCUCCCCUCAAA